AUGGGUCUAAACAUUGUCAUUUUCAGUCUCUUUGUUUCAGCUACACUUCUUCUUGUGUCAUCAGGUCAUGCUGCUGAUGAUAGCGAGAGAAAGGCUUAUAUCGUUUAUAUGGGAAAUGCUUUGGAAAGCAAAAGUCUAGCCGUGGAGCAUCACCAUAGCUUGCUUUCUGGAGUUACUCAAGAUGAGGAAGUUGCUCGACAGUCCAUAAUUCACAGCUAUGGGAAAAGUUUCAAUGGAUUUGCUGCAUAUUUGACGCCAGAUGAAGCUGCAAGACUACAAGAGAAUGAAAAUGUGGUUUCCGUGUUUCCAAACAGUUUCAGACAGCUUCAAACAACAAGAUCAUGGGAUUUUCUAGGCAUGCCUUUAUCUGUUAAAAGAAAUACCCCAAAAGAGAGUGAUGUAAUUGUUGGUGUGCUAGACACAGGAAUUUAUAUUGAUGCUCCAAGCUUUGAUGACAAAGGAUUUGGACCACCUCCAUCAAAAUGGAAAGGCGUCUGCCAGACAGGAGGCAACUUUACUGGCUGCAACAACAAGGUUAUAGGAGCAAGAGCUUAUAGCAUUGGGGAAGCUACCAAUGUAUCAGCUGCUGAUGACGUAGGCCAUGGUUCUCACACUGCGUCGAUAGUAGCAGGCGUUCCGGUAAAGGAUGCAAGUCUCUAUGGUAUAGGACAAGGCACAGUACGAGGAGGGGUUCCCUCAGCACGCAUUGCUGUCUAUAGGAUCUGUAAUGAUAUUGGCUGUAGCGAUAUUAAGAUCCUUGCUGCAUUUGAUGAUGCCAUUGACGAUGGUGUUGACAUAAUAUCAAUGUCCGUUGGUGGGUCCGCCAGAGAUUAUCACUCUGACUCGAUCGCAAUUGGUUCGUUUCAUGCCAUGAAGAAAGGUGUCUUGACAAGCUGUGCCGCGGGAAACGAUGGGCCGGAUUUGGCUAGCUUAGCUAAUGGGGCUCCUUGGAUUUUGACUGUUGGUGCUACUGCUACGGACAGAUUGUUUAAGACCCCAAUUGAAAUUGGCAAGGACAUGAAAACUUUGGGAGUUUCUUUGAAUACCUUCAACCUCGAGAAAAUGUACCCUUUAACUAGUGGAGCAAAAGCAGCAAAAGCGAAUAAAAAAGACACUUACUGUUCAUGUGAAGCUAGUCUUUUAGAUGCAAACAAGGUCAAGGGAAAAAUAGUGUACUGCGAUGGAGGACUCCAGGAUUCUAUAAUCAAGGAUUUGGGCGGAAUAGGUGCAGUCAUGAGUUGCUCACCUAACAGUUUAAUCGGUGGAACUUCCUACGUUCUUCCCGGCGCAUGUGUGAGUAGAGAUACAGCACUCCAGAUUUUACAAUAUCUCAACUCAACCAAAAAUCCUCAGGGUGUGAUACACAAGACAAUACCAGUCGAUACUACUGCACCUUUUGCGGCUUCCUUUUCAUCUAGAGGGCCUUACUAUACGUCCCUCUCUUUCUUAAAGCCGGAUAUUGUUGCACCUGGAGUUGAUAUCCUAGCUGCUUACUCGAAACUCAAGUCUGUCACCGGGUCUGAAGGCGACGAUCGUUUCAAUGCGUUCAAUAUUAUGUCUGGAACAUCAAUGGCUUGCCCGCAUGCUAGUGCAGCUGCUGCCUAUGUCAAGUCAUUCCAUCCUGAAUGGUCUAUCAGUGCAAUCAAAUCUGCUCUGAUGACAACAGCAUCUGAAAUGAAAGUUGGAGACAAAUUUGUUGAGUUUGCCUAUGGAUCUGGCCAAAUUGAUCCUCAAAGGGCUGUUGAUCCUGGCUUGGUAUAUGAACUGUCCGAAAUUGACUACAUCCGGUACUUAUGCAAGGAAGGCUACUCGGGAACACGUCUAGGGUUGAUCAUCGAUGAAGAUGUUAAUUGCAAAAGCAUCCCCAAGUUUGGAGGCCAAGAUGUUCUAAACUACCCAUCCAUGGCUUUGGUGCAUGAGGACCCUGCGCCAAAUAUUUCAGCUGUUUUCAAUCGAAUUGUUACAAAUGUAGGAGAUGGAAAUUCUACAUACAAGGCAAUCGUGAAGGGGCCGGCGGGUCUCAACAUCACGGUUUCCCCUGACACGCUAGUGUUUAAUAAAGUGAAUGAGCGGAAAUCUUUUACAGUUGAGUUGAAAGGGCCACCAUUAAAGGGUAAUUUUACUAUUUUAUCAGCAUCCCUGGAAUGGACUGACUCGGUUCGCAGGGUGAGGAGCCCCAUCGUCAUUUAUUCUAACUCCUUGAUAGUACGCAAGGAUGACUACCCCUGA